AUGCCGCUCUGUCUCACCUUCAUCGACUUAAAGAAGGCUUUCGACUCGGUUGAGACGGAAGCGGUCGUGGAAGCCUUGGACAACCAAGGCGUCCCUACUCAGUAUAUUAAGGUACUUCGAGAGUUGUACAGUAACUUCACGACCGGAAUUUCGCCAUUCUACAAGAACAUCAUCAUUGACGUGAAGAGGGGGGUCCGACAGGGUGAUACAAUUUCACCCAAAAUAUUCACAGCCACCCUCGAGAACGCAAUGCGAAAGUUGGAAUGGGACGACAUGGGAGUGAAGGUUGAUGGUCGGCAGCUACACCAUUUGCGCUUUGCUGAUGACAUCGUACUGGUAACACCUAGCAUCAGCCAAGCGGAACGAAUGCUGACCGAAUUCGACGAAACAUGUGGAUGCAUCGGUCUUCUGCUGAAUCUACAAAAGACGAUGUUCAUGCGGAACGGAUGGGUCUCGGAUGCCUCAUUCACGCUCAACGGAACGAACAUAUCUGAAGGCACCAGCUACGUUUAUCUGGGUCGGGAACUGAACAUGAUGAACGACCUGACCCCCGAGCUGGGCAGGAGGAGACGAGCGGCUUGGGGAGCGUACAAGAGCAUCGAGGAUGUAGUGAAGAAGACCAGGAACACCCGGCUCCGUGCUCACCUCUUCAACACCACCGUACUUCCUGCUUUGACCUAUGCUUCAGAAACCUGGGCAUUUCGCAAGCAGGAAGAAAACGCGGCAAUGACUCCCGUUGGCACAUCAGAAUAUGCUUGUGCUCGUUCAGUUUUUCUUCAUUUGCGAGACGUUCCAGUUGGGAGAUAUAUUGCAGUGCCUACAACAUUUGCACCAAGAGAGCAAACAACAUUUAUGUUGCGAAUCUAUUCAGAUCGUAAAAUUGAGUCGCGGACUCUUAUCAAGCACGCGCCAUCACAAAGAUUCUUUGGAUGCAGACAAGCAGUUUCAGUGACUCGGAUCACCGUUAUCGAAGCCGUCUUAGAGCAAGAAAAAGAAAUGAAUAUCUACUGCGUUCUGCAGUGUGGAAGGUACAAGGUGCGAACAAGCUCCGUCAAAGGUAGAAAUCUGGUAUCAUGGGAUGAACAAUUUGUUUUCCAUAGGAGGAUUCAUGCUGAUGACUUUGUAGUCGAACUCUGGAGUGAUUGCGUGAUGGCUCGUAACCAGGUGUUGUCUAGAACUAGUUUCACUGCUCAAAUUGACAAUGAUACUCGUGAGGUUCAUGUGAAAUUGGACGAUUUGUGCGGAAAGUCUAUGGGCUAUUUGAAACUUGUUGUAGCUGCUUUUGAUGAUCCUAUGUACUUAUAG